UUGAAAGCGCACGCGCAGGUCCCCCUCCUUUUGCAAAAUUCUUCCAAGCUUUCCACUGAAAGCUCAUAAACAGUUGUGGAAUGACACUCGACGACAGGACAUAUUCUUCUUCAGAUUUCUCUGCAUAAAGGGAGAAAUUUGUUUUCACACGUUCUUCUCUUUGUCGCCAAGGUGUGUAGAACGAUUUUUGGUUUUUAUACUUUGGUACUUACCCAUUUUUGGAAGUUUAGAUUGGAAGAUCCCAGAUAAAAUAUAACAGGUGGUGCAAUUCUCGAUGUCCGUGAAACAGUACUAAAUAUAAGUAACAAAAGAUCUUGAAGAAACUGCAACAUGGCUGAGGAAUACAGGAUAAGGUUGGUCGUCCUAGGCGGAGGAGGAUCGGGUAAAAGUUCCAUAAUAAAAAGAUUCCUCUUCAAUUCCUUCUGCGAAAAGCAUCGGCCUACUGUCGAAGAUCUUUAUUGCAGAGAAUUUGAUCUUGAAGCUAUGACCCUUAAAGUAGACAUUUUGGAUACAGCUGGAGAUUUCCAGUUUCCGGCGAUGAGAAGAUUGUCGAUAGCUACAGCACAUGCAUUCCUUCUAGUUUAUAGCAUUGACAGCGUAGAGUCUUUUAACACUGUGAAAAUUUGCUUUCAGGAAAUUAGAGAGCAGAAGUCAGACUUCCAAGAGGUGCCUAUUGUAGUGGUUGGUAAUAAACUAGAUAUUGGAGAGAGUAGUCGAGCCGUUCCGAAAGAGGACGCUGCUGAAUGGCUGUUCUGUGAGCUUCCGAGGCUCCGUGCCAAAAUCCUGGAGUGCUCAGCGAAAGAUAACACCAAUAUCAAGGACAUAUUCCGAGCUUUCUUACAGUUAUCUAAGUUACCUUUGCCAGCUGAAGGUCUAAAGCGUCGAUCCAGCGCCCAUGCAGCAGCUGCGUCCAACUCCAACGGAGCUACAAAUCGUCUGCAGGCGGAAGGAUCCACUCCUGAAGAGGGACCAGCCAGUCCUCUUAAACACCAGAGAAGCUUCAAGCCAAGAAGCAGAAGCUUGAUAAGGCGAACAAGUAAAAAAAUGCAAAAAAUGAAGGAUGCAGCAGCAGCUGCUCACGGUACUACUGCUAACAUAGAUGAUUGUUGCAUAUCAUAAUCUGUUUGUUUGAUGAUGAUAUCCGAAUACGGGAUCAAAAAGGAUGCGUACGAAUUAUCAAUCUUUCUAUGUCAUUUUAAUGUCAGGCUUGUUAUGCUGCAGUUCAGUAAGUAUUUAUAUGCGCCAAAAAUGAUUUUCUUUUGUUUGUGGAGUGAAGAUGGGUAUCUGGUUAUGGAUGGUUUAAGAAUGGGUAAAUAAAAGCCAUCAGUAGAAACACCUAACCCACUUCUUACAGCACUUGAAGGCGUCAAAAAUUUAUAAGCUUUGUAAACGAAGUAAGUAUGGCUCGAAAAUAACAGCUUUAAUAACAACUGAAAGUGAAAAUUAUUAAAUCCCCCUUAAUCCCGCUGAAAAAUCUAAGAAGCUGUUACAGUCUAAAAAACCAUAUAAUGACAUCCGUCUAAUGUCAUCCAUAUAAUGACAUUUAAAAAACUUCUGAGAAUAUUUUUUCAAAUUCUGAAGCAGAACAAUUUUCGUAUGUAACAUAAUAAUAUUUUCUGUUCAGUUGCAGUCUUUAGUCUUGAAAUUAUAAAUCUUUUCGUUAAAGAUUGAAACAGUAAAAAAGCCACCUAUUUUCUAUAUUUUCCUACCUGGAUUUCAGUUGCAGGUCUUUGAUUGUUGAUUCAACCGUACGUUUUCCACUGUAGAAUUUUUUUCUUCUCAAAAUGAAUUUGCAAUAGAAACCUCUUGUUAGCAUCUCUGUUUACUUUCUUUUAAAAUAAAAGAGAAAAAAUUUCAGGUUUCAAGGCAAACUAGAAAACAUUCUUGAGUAGUCUUCAUGGCCUGACGGAAUCAAUAAAUAGCAAACAUUAUAUAUAUUAUGGCAAAAACUAAUAUGACUUCAAAGUCUUAAAUAAAUCUCCUCUUUCAUUAGAGUAAAAUGUAGUUUUUGAAGAGGAAAUUCAAAUCGUAAUACCAGAUUGUAAUAUUAAUUGUAAUAUAUAUUGUAAUUGUAAUAUUAAUACCAGUAUGAUUGAAUUCAUAAGAUUGAUAUUUUCGCCGCAUCCGAAAUCUUUGGAAAACAUCGUGAGCUUUCUGAGAUUUUUGUACUGAUAACUUGAUUUUUAUUGAAUGUAGUGCAGCAGAAUGCAAAAUAACGGUUUGUACAUGAAAGCCAUGGCAGUUAUUUAUUUCUCAGUUAGUUUUAACUGAAUUAUAUGUAUGUGUUAUAAAUGGUGCCAUUAUUUGUUAAAUAGUAUCUCAAUUUAUGUGAAAGAAUACUGUUACUUUGUGUUUGAAACUUACUGUGCUAUUAGCAGUUCUAUAGUUAUUAGUGUCUUUCUAGUAUCGUGUUUUUCCGUUGUUUUGUUAACGGAAAAAACAAUGUAAAAUAUGUUACUUUUUAAAUGCUUUAUUUUUUAACGCAUGGAAAUUAUAGUUUUUUAUUGCAUUAUCUCUAAGGCUUCUUUUAAAGUUUAAAUAAUAUUUCGAGUGAAAAUGCUUUUUAAAUGAAUUUUCUCUUCUUAAAAUGGCUAUUUGACUAUAUAUACCUGAAUAUAAAAAUCUUGUUUCUUAGUUAUUUUUACUACUAUAUUGCCUUUUUAGCUAAACAUUGAAACAUUUCUAAAAACAUUGAAACAUUUCUUAUAAUCCUCUAAUUAGGCUUAACCGAUAAAUAAUUUUGGAGCUUUAGUGUUAUAUUUAGUUAUUGGUAUUAAUCGUAUAACUGUUGUGUGAAGAAUACGAUGUUUUUUUCUCUAUAUACAGACCGAAAAUGUCUAUAUAGUAUACGCUGCCAAAAAAAGUUUCAGUAUAGUACAGAAACCUCAUAAAUUUGUAUAACUUAUCCAUUUUAAAAUAUUGAAAUACUUCGAACUAAAAAUUUAAUAUUGUGAUUUAUCAUCAAAAAAUAUUGAUAUUUAUGGAUAUAUCGUGAUAAAUUUCCAAUUUUACUAAUUUACUUUAUUUUUUGCUUUUGAUAAUAUUUUAGUUACGCAACUGAAAAAAAAUUCUUUUUCAAAAUUGUUUUAAGUUAUAUGUCUUAAUUAAGAUACUUCCGACAAGUCGCUGUCAGGAUUACAUCGUUGCGAUUAAUUAUCGCUACAUCUUCUUAUUCGAUAAUUAUUGAAUAUUUAUCAUGUUCCAUAUUUAUCGUUACCGAUAUUAAGGAUAGUAUCACAUUCCGUAUUUUUUUAACGAUAACGAUCAAAAAAUUAUUGUAUUGUCGUUAUUUAUUGUAAGACAUUCAUUAAAACUUCACUCUAAAAUAUCGUUAACACGUUAUUAAACGUAUCGAUAUAUCCCUAUAUUUAGCUUUACAUCUUUAAAGAGGAUUGCUUUCAUUGCAUUUAAUUCAGCUUAACUAAAGAUACUUUUCUUGAUAUAAUUAAAUUAACAUCUAAAUUUUAUUCUAACAUGGUUUUAAUCAUUCUUUAAUUAUUAUUUAGGAAAACGUUAUUUAUUUUCUUAUGCUGAUUACCUUCUUUCAAACUACAACGCAUGCAGCCGGCUUCUUAAUUUGGAAAUAUUUUUCUCUUUGAAAUAAUGUGCUUCAAUAAUUUUAAAUAUUGUUAAAAACCAAAGCCAUAUCACUAUGCCACGUCUAAUAUACGUUAUAUUUUAGUUUUAAAUAUUUUUAUAACAAAAAUAUUUGCAAAAAAACUACUUUCUUUCAUCGGAAAUUUUUUUUUUAUCUUGCUUAAAUUAUUUCUUUUAUUUCGAAGAUUAGAUAUUCAUAUCAUUAUAAACCCUAUUUUGUUGCAGUUAACAUUUUAC